GUAAGAGAAGAUCUACUAAUAGAACUUUUUCUCAGUUUAUUUAGAUUACAUCGGGGUGGCAUAGAUGUACAGUUUUGCUGGGUGUCAGCACAUGAGAGGGUUAAAGGGAACGAGAAAGCAGACAAACUGGCUUAAGAGGCGCUGCUAAAGGUAAUAAUAGUUACAAUUCCACUAGGAAAAGGCGAAGGUAAAGCAGUGGUUAAGAAGAAAGGACUUGAAAUAUGGCAGAAAUGGUGGGAGGAAGAGAAGACAGGAAAGGUAGGAGAUAUUAUAAAAUACAAAAAACUGUCAGUUUAAAGAAUUACAUGGAAAAGACCAGGAGAGAGGAAAUUGUAAUGACAAGAUUGAGAGUGGAUCACACAGGGCUGAAUGGCACAUUAUUUUUAAUGGGGAAAAGGAAUAGUGAGAACUGUGAAAACUGAGGGGUUAAAGUAAAUGUUAAACAUGUAAUAUUGUACUGUACAUCGAAUGAGGUGGAAAGACGGGUGUUUAAAGAUAAGGUUCAGGAGACAGGGCGGGAGUGGAAUCUGGUAGGGAUACUGGGAUUAGAAGGAGAGGGAGAGGAAAUAAGAAUCACCAGGAAGGCACUAUUUAAAUUUUUAAAAGACUGGAAUAGAAUCUAAAAUUGUAAAAUGACAUGAUUAUACAUACUCCAGUACAGUAUGCACCUUAACGUUGGUUGCAGUCCGCCAUUAAAUAAGAGAAGAAGAAGAAAUAUCGCCACCUAUCGUUUUUAAAAAGCUGUGUAAAACAGUUUACGUAUUUAUGUAGUUCUUGAUGGACCGCCCUUGUGUCUAGUUCCUAUAACUGAGUUAUAAAUACGCAGUGCAGAAGCCCCUGAUAUGACACAAGACAGAGGUUGAACAGUUAUACUGCUGUAUCGCAGGGAAAACCUCAUACAGGAAACAUCAGCAAAGAGAAAAGAAAUGGCCUCCUACACGAAAACAAACAUAUUCUACAUUUCAGUCGGAUUUUGGCUCAGUUUAGGUGUUGAAAGCUACGAUGAUUGGUCAAGCCAUACAUUAACUGUUCAGACUGGAGGAUCUGUCACCAUCCCAUGUUAUUAUGACAAGAAAUACACACAGCAGAAGAAAUACUGGUACUCACAGAUUGAAAAAACAUACAAAAACACCUCAGAGGAGAAUCUGUCAAUAAUUGAUCAUCCUGAUCAGAGUCUCUUUACUGUGACUAUGAGAAACCUGCAGAACAAACACACUGGAUAUUAUUAUUGUGUUGUGGAGACUGGAGAACAACCAUCGAAAAAAACAAUAUAUGAGACUUAUCUCAAGAUUCAAUCUGCUCCUGAUGUGUCUGUGGUGAACAGCAGUGUAUCUGGACAUGAAGGUGGUGAUAUCAGUGUUCAGUGUCUCUACAGUUCUGAAUAUCAGAAUAAACUCAAACAGUGGUGCAGAUAUAAAGAUCAGAGCUGUUACACAGUGGGGAGGAAUGACACAUCCCAGAAUUCAUCAGUGCAGAUCAGUGAUGAUGAUGGGAGAAGAUCCUUCACUGUGCGGAUGACUGGACUGAGACUGACUGAUUCUGGCUGGUACUGGUGCUCUGCUGGAGAUGCACUGAGUCCUGUUCAUCUCACUGUAACAGAAGCAGGUGUUGAAAGCUACGAUGAUUGGUCAAACAAUGUAUUAACUGUUCAGACUGGAGGAUCUGUCACCAUCCCAUGUUAUUAUGACAAGAAAUACACACAGCAGAAGAAAUACUGGUUCUCAGAGAUUGAUAAAUCUAAUACAUACACAAACACAACAGAGCAGAAUCUGUCAGUAAUUGAUCAUCCUGAUCAGAGUCUCUUUACUGUGACUAUGAGAAACCUGCAGAACAAACACAAUGGAAAGUAUUAUUGUGCUUUGGAGACUGGAGAACAACCAUCGACAAAAACAAUGUAUGAGACUUAUCUCAAGAUUCAGUCUGCUCCUGAUGUGUCUGUGGUGAGCAGCAGUGUAUCUGGACAUGAAGGUGGUGAUAUCAGUCUUCAGUGUUUCUACAGUUCUGGAUAUAAGAAUAAACUCAAACAGUGGUGCAGAUAUAAAGAUCAGAGCUGUUACACAGUGAGGAGGACUGACACAUCCCAGAUUUCAUCAGUGCAGAUCAGUGAUGAUGAUGGGGGAAGAUCCUUCACUGUGCGGAUGACUGGACUGAGACUGACUGAUUCUGGCUGGUACUGCUGCUCUGUAGGAGAUCUGCAGGUUCCUGUUCAACUCACGGUCACUGAACCCAAAAGAGCAUUUACAACUAUUCCAGCAGCUACACCAUCUCCAACUGAGGCAGACAUACACACAACACAACAAUCUGCCAAUAGGAAUCCUACAAGUGUGAAUAAAAUAAUAUACACUAUGACUACUGAUUCGAGACCGGAGACACACAAGCAUGAUGUGAUUCUGGUCAUGUGUCUUCCCGCAAUGCUUGUGCUGUUACUGCUGGUUACUCUUGUUGCCAUAGUAACUUGGAGGCUGAGAAAAAAGCCUGAAAGGGGUCAAAAUAAAGAAGAAGAACAUUUUAACAGUGCCGUAAUGCCCUGUAAAAACCAAAUGACAUCCAGCAGUCCAGCAGAUGUUACUUCUUCUGCCUCGGUGGAUGAUAGUUCAGUGAUUUACAGUUCUGUGAUUACCUUUCAUAAAGCAUCUUCAUCAUCAGUGAAUCGAGAAGCUGAUGUGAUCUACAGCUCUGUGAAACAAACACCCAAGGCUGUGAGUUCAUAACAAGAGGUGUUACUUAAGCUCCUUCUGAAUGAAGUUGAUCAGAAAGUGAAAGUCAAUCAUUUGAAAUGAAUAAUAAAUCUAUUUUACAGUUUCAGUUUAAACAGUGUGAAGGUUCAGUGCUUAACUAAUGCAGCUAAAAAUGUAAGUGUGUCAGUGUUUUUUAAGUGUAUGCUGGUUGGCAAUAUUGUGAAAGCAAAAUGAAUAAUUCAAACCUUAAAGUACAUAGUUAUGAAGUGCAUUUCUGAAGUACAUCUGCAUAGUACAGGUAUAUUCCAGAACGAAUUAAUGACCUAUCAACACUUUAAAAAGAGUUUUCUUUUUAUAUUCUUCAAUGUUUCUUCUCAUGCUUUCUUUUAAGUCCAGAUUAGGCCUAUAAGGUGUAGGUUUACAUACAGUAAAUGC